AUGGGCAAGACACAAUACAAAAAGAAGACUCAAGCAUGGAGGCACAAUCCCAUACGAGUGCCCGACUCUCAUUUGGGAUCAGGCAAGGCAGCGGGUAAAGUCGAUCCCACCAAGGAGAAGCAAAUGUUGCCGGUGCUGCAAAAGCUUAAAUCACCCUCACACGCCGAUCGAACAUGGGCAUGUGCAGCCAUUUGCAACCUCAUUCAAGACGAUCCUGCCACUCGACGGCUAUUUCAAUCCCGCAACGUCGUAGGUGAGCUCAUUGAACGUUUGUCAGAUUCAGUGGACGAAGUGGUCGUCGAGGCAUCUGGAGCUUUGAGAAAUCUUGCCAUUGAUGGAGGUCAUGAACUAUGUGGGGAGAUGUUCAACAAGGGUAUCAUCUCGCAUCUUGGUGUCUUAUCCGGUAAAGUGAGCUCGACAGUUGAGCAGUUCAUAGUCGAGGCUGAUACUCAGAUCUCAACGACUAUUCAAGCCAUUUCUACUCCAGUACAAGGUCGCUUAACAGACGACCAGCUGCAAGCCCGGAAACAUCUUCUGCAGCUUACUGAAAAUGUGAUUACCCUGAUAUGGAGUUUGGCCGAGACGAGUCAUAAGACGCUUCAGGGAGUCAUGGGAAUGGGAGUGGAGGGUUUGUUAAUUCAGAUUCUUGACCGCAGGGAGAUGUUGGGGCCUGGUGUUGUCGUCGCUGCUGCCCAAGCCCUCUAUUCUCUCUCAUCCGAUAAUGAGCCUUUCAAGCUGGCGUUACUACGACAUCCUAUGGCCUUAUCUACCAUCGUGGACAUCUGUCAAGUGGAUCAUACACGUGACAGCCAUCAGACGAGCAACAGAAAACCAAAUGGGAAAGGGAAGGAGAAAUCCAACGGAAUGAUGGAUGAUGAAGAUGAGUUGGGAGAUGGGAGAACUCUUUUGGCCCGACUUCUCUUAUGUGGCGUCCUAAGAAAUGUGGUCACUACUGGGUCAGAGGCGGAUCAGUCUAUAAAUCUCAUCGCUCUCACCACAAAAACCAUCGUUCCUCUCAUAGACGGCUUGAUCGAUAUAAAUCUUCCGAGUGUCGUCGAUCGAGUCAUAAGCCUCGUCUCUCAAUUGCCGUCCCAGGAUCUCACAGAAGCCCUUGAUCAUCAAUUGAACGGUCACCGUUCUGCCCCUUCGCUCACCUUGGAAAGGAUUGAGAGGAGGCUACAUACUGUGUCAGUGGCUCUGGAGAUACUCACCGGCAUAUGUGCAGGUUUGGAAGAGCUAGAGGAAAGUGAGCAGCCCGAUGAACCUGAUGGGGAAGAUGAAGAGAUGGACUCUGAUUCCCUACCAGACGAAGAUAUCAUCGCUCAAUCUCAAGAUCAUUCAAAUAUGUCUACACAACCGACUCCUGUGGUCAUAUCCACUUCCAUCACCCUCUCACAUCUCAUCACCACCUUGUCUCUUCCUCAGCGCUUAACUACUCUCGCUCAGCUUACACCACUUUCUUUUCCACCAGCAUCAGAUCAACCCUCCCCUCAUCCACCUACUACCUCAGCUUUGUCGAUCUUACAUCUCAGAGCCUUGGAAGCUCUGAACAACCUCCUGCUCACUAUUGCGGCGGCUAGUGAAACUGAUCCGACUGUCAAAGGGCCUGUCCCGUCUCAGGGAGUAUGGGAGGGGAUGAUGACUGUUAUUGCCCUUUUAUAUGCGGAAGCGGACGCCUUGAAGCGGAAAGGACAUGAGAUGAGGAGAGAGGUUCUGGAGAUGGCUCUGGGAUGUUUGUGGGGUGCUGUGAAGGUGUCUGAGGAAGGUUUGCUGGUACGACCAGAUCAAAUCCAAGGUCUCCUCACUCUACUGCCACUUAUUCGUGAACCUGCCCAAACUCGACUAAUCGAAACUCUUUCUCUUCUCGCUUCCCGACCAAAUGUCUCUUUAGAGGAGAACCAAACACCUGAAGGAUCUAUACUCGUUUCACUGUUGAACGCUAUAAUCGACAUUUACGCCGAUGAGACUAGAUCAUAUGAUGGACCUGUUUUCGUUGCUGGUGGUUAUCUGGAAGCUCUCACUGGGGUAGUGGGAAGGGUCAGAAGUGCCGUGAAGAAAAUCGACAGAAGGACAGACCGAUUACUUCGUGCUCAGGCAGAAGAAGCUCAAGAGAAUUUGACGGCGUAUAUCAAAUAUCGUCGUGCUUUAUGA